AUGAACAACAAUAGCAACACUAAAUUGGAUAUUCUUCCAAAAUUGAUAACUUCUUAUCAUAAACUUCUUGAACCAACUUACUUAAAGAAUACCCAAAUGAAAGUUAACUUAAAUGAAAGCAAAUUGUUACCUAUAAUUUAGAGGAGUUCCAUGAUGUAGCCUAACGUGAGUUCUAAAUAAUUAAUUGUAUAAAGUAAAAUAGAAAUAAAUUAUAGGAUUGAUAAGCAAUUUAGACUUUAGUUCCAGACAUUUUGGUGCUGCUUGUGAUAGAGGCUUUUAAGGUCUGUCAAAAUAUCACUAUUCCCAAAAAUUUGGUCAUUCAGCUGCUAAAUUAGAGCCACUUAACAGAAACAUUAUAGCUGAACUUACAGAUACAGAAGAUGCUGAAGAAAUUCCAAAAGAUGAAAGAACUUAUUACAAAAGAAUAUAUAAAUUUAAGAACAUGCCAAUUUUAGCAUUAAUUAAAUCUUUUGAAAUUGAAUGGAUAAGAGAUUUUGAAGAUGAAGUAAACAAAAAAUCUACAAAAUCCUUACAAUUAAGCUUUUAAACUGCCCUUGCAAUAUUUAAUACAUUUCCAGAUCCAUUAGAAUUUUUUCAAAAAAAUCUUUAAUUGCUAGAAAGAAGUUCUGUUGCCUUAAAAUAAAAAGGACUGACUUAAUUAAAAUAUAGAGUAAAGAAUUUUGAAUAAGAAGAAUUUUAGAGAUUGAUAAUCAUUAAAAAUUAAUCAGGUUUAGGAUUCUUUAGAAUUAAUUUUCCAACUAUUUAAUUAUAUUAAUAAGAAUACUCUCAUAAUUAAACUAUUGAUUUAUCACCUAUUAGAUUAUAUGAAAUUGUAAAAAAUAAUUUUUUUGAAAUGGCAACAAUAGUUGAAUAAUUUGAUAUGGAAAAAUUUUAAUUAUAUUUAUCAGAUUAAGAAAAUAAAGGAAUCCUACAAUAAUUAGAUGAACCAUAGAUUAAAUCAAAUAAUAAUAUAAUAAAGAUUGAAGAUAAAUAAUCUUAAUAACAAGAUUUAGAAUUAAAAUCUUAAAAAUAAAUUUAAAAUACUGAGGAAUAAAAUUAAGUAUAAUAAGAAUUACUAUAAAAAUUAGAAUAAGAAUAAAUAAAAUAGUAAGAAUAAGUUUUAAUUUGUAAUACUGUGAAUACUGAACUUACUAUUAUAAUAAUUGAUGGUAUUAAUAUACAUUUUAAUAUAGAAAAACAAGAAUUUCUUGAGAAGAUUCUAUAAAAGAGAUGGAUCAAAAAAGUUGUUCCAAAAAAUAAUAUAUAUUACACAGUUGAUUUUUUACCAUUUUAAAUUUUAGUGAGAGAAAAAAGAUCAUAAAAAAUUAUAAAAAUGUAUUCUCCAUCUUUAAAAGAGUUGGAUUUUAUAUUUCUACAAUUAAAUCACAAAAGCCUACUUCAAAUAUUGAAUGAUUAAGUCUAGAUUACUUUUGACAUGCCUCCAGAAGCAUUUGAUUAUAAAGAUUUUAAAAAAGGAACUAAAAUAUCAUUUUUGAUAGGUGAAAUUACAGAAACACCUCUAGAAGUGACAGAAGAAUAAAUCAAUAAUGGUUUAUUAAAUUCAUGGACUAAAGAUAUAGAAGUGAAUAACAAGGAUUUGUAAAUUAUAAUAGAGUACAAGAUUUGAAUAAAUUUAGACCUUGUAUGCUCGAAAUCUACAAUCAACUUACAUCCAGUACAAUUAAAAGAUCCUGCACUUCAAAAGAACUAACACAUAUUUUAGAAAAAAGAUAUUCAAUUGGAUUUAGAUUAAUAUGA